UUCGGAAAUCUAAAUAAUUUUGAUUAUUUUGACCUAUGAAAUAAUAUGAAUUAUGUGUAAUUACACAAAUAAUGUACAAUGGUGUAAAAACUGUAAAUAUCCCAUUUGUUGUCACCAGCCAUUAUUGAUGAUUUAAUUACAGUUAUGAAACUGCUGAUGCUAUGAGAAUUAAAAUUGACCAAAUUAUUGUUUUAUUUUAUUUAAAGAUAAAUACAUAUAUUUAAAUGGAAAUUCGUGGCUCUAUGUCCCUAAUGGGACUUCUAUUAUCCAUAGGAACUGCUACAGGAGUGAUAUUCACGUUAGAACCGGAGGAUAGGAUUUCAUUAAAAAUGGGCGUACUAUUUACAACUCUUGGUUUUAUAUUUUUUAUUUCAUUAUCAGAAUUUUUAGUACAAAUAAUGCUGACAACAGCCCUGGGAAAAUAUUUUCGUGCAAAAUAUGGCUUAAGUUUAUCUGAUGCAUUAGAUAUCAUAAAUAAAUUAGUGUCAGCUGUUCAAGCAGGAUUAUCUUGCCUAACUGGAGUUAUCGUUUGUCUUUGGUCUUGUACUAGGUCUCUUCUUCAUGCAUCACAUUUUAUGUCAGAAGCCUAUGCUUGGUUUGGAGCUGCUUAUUUCUUCUACGAUAUAUGGUCUAUGUUUGAGGUACAUGCUUGUGAAACCAUAGAAAAACGAUCUAACAAAAAAAUCAAACACAAUAACAACAGUAAAAUACCAGUAUUAGAAAAGUAUAAUGAUAGAUUGAAAGAUACUAAAGAACAUUACUCUCCAAUCAAUUAUGGAGGUGGUGACAAUCAGAUUGAUAAGUACGGAAGAAAUCAAUUGUCUAUGAAGGUAGACUGUAUGAUAAAUGAAGAUUUAAAUAGAGCAGCAGCUGUCAAUAAUGCGAGCCUGAAAAGCUACAUAUUAGAUUCGCCUAUAAUUAUUAUGCAUCACUUGUUCAUAGGAAGCUUUGGAUUUCUAGUUAUUGUGUAUUUAAGAGGAGGCCUUGGAGAUUGUGUCUUUGGAUUUGUAUAUCUCAUGGAGCUGUCAACACCAUUUGUGUCUCUCAGAGGAAUUCUUAGUAAAAUGGGAUUAAAAACAUCAAAGUUAUAUGUUAUUAAUGGCUUAAUAAUGCUGGGCUCAUUCUUCUUCUGCAGAGUUGCCAUGUUUCCAUAUGUGUGCUAUAUGUAUAGUCAAGUAGUGGGUCUACCAUAUUGGCAGGCAAUAUGGUCUCUACCUACAGGCUGUAAGACUAGUAUAAUAAUUCUAAUGUUACCUCAAAUUUAUUGGUUCUACUUGAUGUUAAGAGGAGCAUUUAAAGUUUUUUUUAUUGCUGGGAAAACAAAUGCCCUAAAGGGCAUUCAGGAGCAGCAUGAAUCACCUAAUAAAAUUAAGAAGUAAAAUCUAAGACGCUUGUUGAAAAUGUUUCAAGUUGUAAUAUAUAAAAGAUGUGAAUACUAUAAAUGUCUUAAUUUAACUUAAUUGUAAUGACUUAAGUUGCCAAUCCCGUCUAGUAUUAUUAUUUAAGUUUUAUUAAGUAUUCAUAGCCAAAUAUAGUCCUAAUAUUUUUGCUACAUGGUAUAAAUAUAUGCUUUCUACCAUUUGCAUAAGACUAUUUAAUUAUAAAGGAGUUUAUACUAAGUCAAUGGAAUUAACAUUCCACCUUUGUAAGUAACUUGUUAUCCGGUUGUUAUCAUUACAUGUAGUGAUGUUGUUUAAGAUAAGAUUAAGAUCAUUAUUGAUUUAUUUAAAUUUGUUUUUUGGAAUGAUUUGCAAUUUUAACUUUUUGCCUUACUAAAGCUUUGCUUAUUCUAAAAAU